CGCACAAGAUAUUUAGCAUAAAUUCAGUCCCCCCGCUGUAUGGGGAUCAAGCUUUCACUCUUCGACUGCCUUCAUGUCUGACAGCAUUGAAAGAAGGGAACUGACGGUUUUUCACUUUGCAACCGGAGGAACUUUCUUCAUGCCAGCAACAUCUCAUUCGGACAACCAUUAAUCUACAUCAAGCUUGCCUUUUCGGGGAUUAAUUUAACCUGACCAGGAUUUAAUAGCCUGGCGGCCGGGGUUAUGGAUUUUAACCUUCUCACGGACAGUGAAGCCCGUAGCCCGGCGCUAUCGCUCUCGGACUCCGGGACACCUCAACAUGACCAGGGAUGCAAAGGCCAAGACAACAGCGACACAGAAAAGUCCCAUCACAACCAGACAGAUGAGUCAAAUGCGGAAGAUGGCUCUCUAAAAAAGAAACAGCGCAGGCAGAGGACCCACUUCACCAGCCAGCAACUACAGGAGCUGGAGGCCACCUUUCAAAGGAACCGCUACCCUGACAUGAGCACACGGGAGGAGAUCGCUGUCUGGACUAACCUCACGGAGGCACGGGUUAGGGUCUGGUUUAAGAACCGCCGUGCCAAGUGGAGGAAGAGGGAGAGGAACCAGCAGGCUGAGUUGUGUAAAAACGGCUUCGGUGCCCAGUUCAAUGGACUCAUGCAGCCCUACGACGACAUGUACUCUGGGUAUUCCUACAACAACUGGGCCACCAAAAGUCUGGCCAGCAGCCCGCUGUCUGCCAAGAGCUUCCCUUUCUUCAACUCCAUGAAUGUAAGCCCCCUGUCCUCCCAGCCCAUGUUCUCCCCUGCCAGCUCCAUCCCCUCCAUGAACAUGACCUCCUCCAUGGUGCCAACGGCGGUGGCCGGGGUGCCCGGCUCGGGACUCAACAACCUGGGUAACCUCAACAACCUCAACAGCCCCGCGUUGAACUCGGUGGCGGUAACCACUGCCACGUGCCCGUACGCCACCACCGCCAGUCCUUACAUGUACAGAGACACCUGCAACUCAAGCCUAGCCAGUCUCCGGCUCAAGGCCAAGCAACACGCCAACUUCGCCUACCCGGCCAUGCAAAACACUGUGUCCAACUUAAGCCCUUGCCAGUAUGCAGUAGACCGGCCGGUAUGAAGACACCCACACAGCCACCCACUCAACCUUGCUCCCCCAUCACCUGAGAGCCCUGCCCCCAGUCCCUGCCAUGCUCCAUCAGUGAAUCAGAGUGAACUGCACCCAUCACCAAGGACUGGUUAACAACAUGUCAUCUGUCUGACUGAUGGUACCCAACAGGAAUAAGCUUCAACAUUCAAAUAAUAAUUUGUGAUCCCCUGAUGCUGAUGGACCACCACACUUCAAAGAACUCUUUCAAAUUGGCAGAGACUUUGUCACCGAACCGACCAACUGUUAAAAUAAGGAUUUCUACAUUUUAUCCGAUAUAAUUUUUUUGGGACUGCAUGACUAGAGUGAAUUUUAAAUGAAGAAAAACCUGGAUGCUCCAACUGCACUAGCGGUCAACACCAUGGCCAAACACAAAAUCAUUGUGACGCUUGCCAACAUCACGGGAAAGGGACCUGUGCUUGCAAUAUGGGACAGAGGAUGUAUAUAAUGGACUUUGUUUGUUUUGUAUGUGACAAAACUAUCUAUGAAACGUAGUACUUUAAGAUGAGAAAAAGCAUGUUCUUCAAGAGCAGACCCUAGAUUGAUGUACUAUGAGUACCUCCUUUAGGAAUUUUAAUCUUUGUUAUGAAUUCCACUCACCUCAGAAGGUCAGGUGCCAAAGGUCAGAUCUGAAAGUUGAGAGGAGUUAGCAGAGCGUAUUCUCAGAUAGAAAAAAGAUAUGGGAGUGGAGACAAAAUAAUAAUUUACACAUCUGUCAGAGAACCAAUAUCCAUUUUUUUUAAGAAAAGCCUAAAAAAGCCAUUGAAUAUAUAGAUUUGUGUGGUGUUAUAAAAAGGAGUCCAUGACUGUAAAAAUGUAUGUAAGAGUGCAGUUGUUAUAAAACAAGCUUUUUUCCUGG